UGAUAACGGUUGUAUCUUUCUGAGUCCAGCAUGUAUUACUAAGUGUCAGACAGCAUCAUCGUGCACAUUCACAACAAAAGAGAAGCAGAGGAUGGGAGGGAUGGAGGGGGUCUGUGGUGAUGAGCUCCUCCAGCUCCAGCUCCAGCUCCAGCGGGGGGAUGAUUUCAGUGCAGGUGUCCUUUUUUCUGACACCUCGGAGACAAGACCGUAAGACCGUAAGUAGCCUAAAGACUGUUUGAGGAGGAAUCAAAGCUGAUCAAAUAAUAAUAAAUGUCUGAUCUGCCAUGAAAUCCGAAAAGGAGCAGCGAAGGAAGAGAUCCGCUCGUCUGGAUGAGAGAGACCCCCGCUGGGUGAAGACACGCAGCGUAUGUUAGCUGAGCCGUGAAAGCUCGCUGCCAUUGACUGGUGUUGAGGAGGAGAGGAGGAGAGGAGGAGAGGAGAGAGGAUGGAGAUGGGCGCAAAAACGGUGAAACACGAGCGCGGCGGAGUGAGCAGCAUCCUCUCGCACAAGGCGUCGCAUCACUGAUCAUUUCGAGGUAUCAUACAUAAUUUACAGAUUAGCAAUUUGUUGCCACUGUCUGGACAUUGUCAGUCGAUGCUGACAGGUUGAAUGGUUGAGCAUUUAUUGUCGCCAGACGAAAUUCCAUUUUUUCACUCUGCAGAUGUGUGGCUGCAAGAAGAACAGAGCAGGGCCUGGUGAAGGGAUCAUAAUCAGUGAUCACGAUGAACAGCAAAUGUUAAUAAUCUCCAGCAUCAUGGAUGAGUCUACUGCACUGUUUUCAUAAUGGAUGGCAUUUUUAGGAUGAUGAGUUUUGAAUUCUGCACCUGAAUAAUUAUUGAUGUGAAAAGCAAACAAAACCUUUUCUCCCCCUGCUGAUCAAGAUGGGACUAUAACCUGACUUUAUGUCAACACCCUGCUGGAUGUGAGGCGACACAUGCAAACAAUGCCAAGCUCUCAGGCGCCCGACGUGGGCGCCAAUUUCACUGAUGUUCCCUGGGAGCGUGGUUUCACCACUGGCUCGAACCAGAACCUGGUCUGGUCCUCCACCGCCAACAGCGUGGUGAAGAUGGUGCUCAUCUCCCUCAUUGUGUGUGUGUCUUUGUUUGGGAACGUGGUGGUCCUGCUGGUAUUCCAGAGGAAGCCUCAGCUCCUCCACGUAGCCAACCGCUUCGUCCUCAACCUCCUCUUGGCAGACCUGCUCCAGACCAUAUUAGUCAUGCCCUUCGCCAUCGCGGCCACCGUGCCGGGGGUUUGGCCCCUGGAUGCCCGACUGUGCCAGGCUCUGGUGGUGCUCAUGCACCUUUUUGCGUUCGCCGGGGUCAACACCAUCAUAGUCGUCUCUGUGGAUCGCUACCUGGCCAUCAUCCAUCCUCUGUCCUAUCCCACCCGCAUGACCCCCCACCUGGGCACCAACCUGAUCAUCUGCACCUGGGUGCUCAGUUUCCUGCAGAGCACGCCUCCCCUCUACGGCUGGGGGGCCAUUGACUUUGACCGCCAUCACAACGUGUGCUCGGUGGUGUGGUCCUCGAGCCUGUCCUACUCCGCUGUGGUGUCCACCUUCUCCUUCUGGCUGCCUGUGCUCAUCAUGCUCGGAUGUUACUGGAUGGUGUUCAGGGCGGCUCGGAGGCAGAACGCACUUGUGCACCCCAUACAGACACAAUCCUACUCCCAGCCCUGGCCACAGGGGUCUAGCAGUCCACAGCGGCAACCCCAUACCCAGCCCCAGCCUCAGACCCAGCAGGCCAGUUCACCUGAUGGCCCCUACUCAGCCAGGUACCCUGUUCGAGUUAGGCACAGACGCUUCCACUACCACUGCAAGGCAGCUCGCGUAGUGUUCGUGAUCAUGGCCUCGUAUAUCCUCAGCAUGGGACCUUACAGCAUACUAAACACUAUAUCGAUGAGUGCCAGAGCAGCUGUGCCCCCCUGGCUGUCCUCCCUCGCCCUCGUGCUCUUCUUUUUGCAGUGCUGCCUCCACCCGUAUAUUUAUGGCUACAUGCACCGCAGCGUGAGGAAGGAGUUCCUCGCACUACUCUGCGGGCUGUUCUGCAAGCAGGGCCGUCCCAGCCAGAGCUCCGCCGUGGAGAGCUGCUUCACAACCACAGAGGGACGUUUCGGCGCCCACAAUCACCUGCCCAGCCUGACCGCUCGAGUCUUCCCUCUGCGGACUUGGGAAGAGUGCACAACGUCCUCCUCUCCCACUUUUGAAAGGAAGUCAAGGGACAGCCGUAAAGACACCACCUCCACCAGCGUGAGCUCUGAGAGGGAGCUCACGGUCCACAGCAAACCAAGCACAUAAAACUGCCUUGAGGAUUCAUCGGGAUAGUACAUUAUUCAGUGUGUUCACACAUAAGCUGUUAUGCCUUCUUGACAACAGGGUCAUUCAUUCGGAAGUUGCUGGCAUUAGGAAUAGUGGUAGUUGAUCACCAACAUAGUGAUCUUUUGCUAUUUUCUCAUGAGCCUAAUUAAAUGAUGAACUUGAGGUUGCAUAUCUCUUGAAAAAAUGACAUGAUCCAUUCAUUGUUGCAUUAUGAAUGUAUAAUAGACUGGCUGUGUGAAAGAAAUCCUAAACAAUGAUCAUUACUUUAUUCUCAUUUGGUCAAACUUUGAGAAAUACAUUGUUUUUUUUAGGGUUUAUAUGUAAAUGUAGUAUUAUGAGUUAUCAGGUGUCAGAUAGCAGCUGUUAUUUAUGUAUUUUUAUGUUGGAUUAUGUUUUGAAUCUACAAACCAUUGUUAGUAUUUUUUUAAAUGAAUGCAAUUAUUGAACUAGCUACUUUUACAUAAACUGUGCAUUUAAAGGUACAGUGUGUAGGAUUUGGCGACAUCUAGUGGCGUAGUUGCAGAUUGCAACCAACUGAGUACCCCUCCGCUCACGCUUCCCUUUACAAAACUGCGAUAACGUG